AAAUGGCUCAACCAAAACCAAUCAACGUAGUCAUCGUCGGAGUAGGAUUAGUUGGAGAAAGAGUAGUACAUCAACUUGAUACCCAAAACUUACGCAAGAUCUUCCAAAUCAACUCACUUUACACAUCCAAAAAAUGCAUCAAAGUUUCUAAAGAUGAUACCAAUUAUACAUCCACAAGUUUAAUCAAUGAACUAAAAUCAACUUCAGCUUCAACAAAUCAAGAUGGUUUAAAAGGAAUUCUAGAAUACAUUUUAGAUCCAAUUUGUUUACCAAGACCUGCAAUUGUGAUAGAUUGUACAUCAAACCAAGAUCUAGCCAAUCUUUAUCCCGAAAUCUUGGCUUCUAGUUCACCAAUCCAUCUAGUCACACCAAACAAGAAAGCUUUCUCUGGACUCGAAUCACUUAACCAAGCCAUCGAUCAAGUCUCAAAUAAAACCCAUAAUUUAGUAUUCAAGGAAUCGACUGUAGGUGCUGGACUUCCGAUCAUGAGUACUUUACGAGAAUUGGUGGUCACAGGGGAUGAGGUUUUGAAGAUCGAAGGUGUUUUUAGUGGAACGAUGAGUUAUUUGUUUAAUCAGUUCAGUCAACCUAACAUACGUACAGGAACCAAGUUUUCAGAAGUCGUAGCUGAAGCUAAAUCGAAGGGGUAUACUGAACCUCAUCCAGCUGACGAUUUAAAUGGAUCAGAUGUAGCCCGAAAGUUAUGUAUCUUGGCUCGAAACCUAUCGACUCCAGUCUCUUUACCUGAAGGAUAUCAAUCUGUACCUACUCAAUCUUUAGUACCUAAUCAAUUAUCUACAGUUCAAGAUCCUUUUGAGUUUAUGAAUCGAUUACCAAACUUUGAUGAUGAGUUUGAAAGACUUAAAGAUCAAGCCUUUCAAGAAGGAUGUGUUUUAAGAUUUGUUGGAAUCAUCGACUUGACUUCUAAUCCGAAUGGUGAACUUAAAGCUGGAUUAGAAAAAUACCCAUUUUCUCAUCCGUUUGCUACUCUAAGUGGAUCUGAUAAUAUCAUCUCGUUUUCUACUAAACGGUAUUCACCAAACCCUUUGAUCAUUCAAGGAGCAGGUGCAGGUGCAGAUGUGACUGCAAUGGGUGUGGUGGGUGAUAUGAUCAAAGUAGCUGAACGUACCUUGGGUUACAACAUUUAAGCUUGAUGAUUUGAAAUUUAUAGUCUUGUAUAUAAACGUCUAUAUGAGAUUACUUGAGAUUCUAAUGAAGAAAUUUGUUUCAGUUUAUCUUGUUCUCUACCACAAUUAUUAUGCUUUGUUUUAUUUC